AUGUAUGGCUCGUCUUCGGGUAUCGGCGAAGCGAUUGCCAUAAAGUUGUGGUCUUUGGGCGCGAAUGUAGUCAUCACUGGAAGGGAUGAGAAACGUAUCGGAGAAGUAGUGAACAAAUGUCAGCCGCGGGUCAAUCAGCGAACGCUUGGAGUUAGAGCCGACGUAUUGGUGGACAAGGAUUGCGAGCAAUUGGUGGCGCAGACUAUCGCCGAGUUCGGCAAAAUUGAUAUUCUGGUCAACAAUUUUGGCGGCGGAGAAGGAAUUGGUGCUAAAUUU